UGUACUUACCUUAUCCUAGCUCUUUGCGUCAGUGCUUUCCGCGGUCCGGUGGUCAGGUGGCGCGCUUGCCUGGGUUCCAACCUCAAACUCUUAGAAGCUGUAAAGAAAUUGGAUGUUACUGGUGACUUGUCAGGUGACACCUAUUUUGUGGCAGAGCCAGGAGGAGAACACAGUGCAGUUCACUUUCUCACUGGCCUCCCAGCUGAAUCUGCACAGCCCUCUGCACUUUCCCAAGAGCAGCAGCAUGAACACAUCUCAGGAUAUUGCUUUAUAAAACCAGAAGUAAUCUUCAAGUUGGGACAAGGAGAAGACCCAUGGUUAUUAGAGGAUGAAUUUCUAAACAGAAGUUACCUGGAAGACUGCCAACUUGGUCUUUUAGAGAAGAGCCAGGAAAGCCAACACAAAUAUUUCUGUCAAGUCUUAUUCAACAACAAGAAAACAUUAACUACAGAGCAAGAUAAAAUUUCAGGAAAACCAGUUCAUCGGGGCAUAGACAUUUUUCCUUCAAGAAAAAUGCUCUCUAAAUGUGACACUGAUGUUCCUACAUGCUUGGAUCUCUAUCUUUUGACCCCAUAUAGUCACUCAACCAAAGAGGCUUAUGAGUUUAAUGCAUCUUCUUUCAAUACUAGCAAUGAGAGAAUGAAUAGUGGAGAGAAAUAUUUUGAUUACAAUCAAGAUUUGCAAGUGUUUAGUCAUGUGGAGGAACUUAUUCAGUAUCAGACUUUUCAGAUUUUGGGGCAGUCUUUUGAACAUAAUGAACAUGAUAAUGCUUUCCAUGAUAAGGCAACUUCCAUUAAAUGUAAGAGUGCCCACAUACAAGAGGGAUCUUAUAAAUUUGGAAAAAACUUAUGUGAUAAAUCAAACAUUGUCUCUCCAAAUAUUCACAUAGAGAAGAGUCAUUCUGAAUUUGAUGAAGAUGCAUGUAUUAAAACCGGGAACAAUUUCAGUAAGGUUACUCCACUUCAGAGAACUGAAACAGGAGAGAAAACUUUAGGUCAAAAAGCACAUUUCAGAGAAUAUCAGAGAACUCACACAGGAGUGAAAUCCUUUGAAUGUGGAAAAAACUUAAACCAUAAUUUAGCAACUACAGUGCAAGAGAGGACUCCCACAAUAGAGACAUCUUGUAAUAAUGACACUUAUAGGGAAACUUUCAGUUCUCAGUCGGCUUUCAGUCUACAUCAGAGAAUUCCCAGGAGACAAAAACAGUAUGAGAGCAAUGAAUGUCAAGAAUCUGUCUCUAGAAGUUCAUCCCUCAUUGUACAUCAAAGAACUCACACAAGUGAGAAGCCCUAUGAAUGUAAUGAAUGUGGGACAGCUUUUUCCAGGAAAUCAUCCCUAGUAGGGCAUCAGAGAAAACACAGAGCGGGGAAACCCUAUGAAUGUAAAGGAUGCAGGAAAGCUUUUACCUAUAUGGCAUGCCUCAGAGUGCAUCAGACGAUUCACACAGGGGAGAAACCCUAUGAAUGUAAUGAAUGUGGGAAAACUUUCACCCAAAAGUCAAGCCUUGGAAUACAUCAGAGAACUCACACAGGAGAGAAACUCUAUGAAUGUAAUGAAUGUGGGAAGUCUUUGGCCUACCAACAACACUUCAGAGGACAUCAGAGAAUUCAUGCAGUGGAGAAAUCCUGUGGAUGUAUUAAAUCGGGUAAAACUUUCAGCCAUAAGGCAAGCCUAGGAAUGCAUCAGAGAACUCACACAGGGGAAAAUCUAUAUGAAUAUAAUGAAUGUGGGAAAACUUUCACCUGCAUGUCGCACCUUAGAAGACAUGAGAGAACUCAUACAGGGAGGAAGCCCUAUCGAUGUAUAGAAUGUGGGAAAACUUUCCUCUGGGAGAAAAUCCUGAAGAUACAUUGGAGAAUUCACACAGGGGAGAAACCUUAUGCAUGUAAUGAAUGUGGGAGAGCUUUUACCUACAUGUCACAACUCAGAGCACAUCAGAAAAAGCACACAGGGCAGAAACCCCAUGAAUGUAAUGAGUGUGGGAAGGCUUUCACCCGGAGGUCAAGCCUUGCAAUACAUCAGAGAACUCACACAGGGGAGAAACCCUAUGAAUGUAAUGAAUGUGGGAAAGCUUACAGCUGGAAGUCUAGCCUUGAACUACAUCAGAGAACUCACACAGGGGAGAAGCCCUAUGAAUGUAAUGAAUGUCAGAAAGCUUUCACCCAGAAGUCAAGCCUUGUAAUACAUCGGAAAAGUCACACAGGGGAAAAACCCUAUAAAUGUAAUGAGUGUGGGAAAGCUUACACCUGGAAGUCAAGUCUUGAACUACAUCAGAGAACUCACACAGCAGACAGACUCCACAAAUGUAAUGAAUGUGGGAAAGCUUUCACCUGCAUGUCACGCCUCCGAGGACAUCAGAAAAUCCACACAGGAGAGAAACCCUAUGAAUGUAUAGAAUGUGGGAAAACCUUCCUCUUGAAGUCAUUCCUGAGAAUACAUCAGAGAAUUCACACAGGAGAGAAACCCUAUGAAUAUAAUGUAUGUCGGAAAGCUUAUACCUGGAAGUCAAACCUUGAACUACAUCAGAGAACUCACACAGGGGAGAAGCCCCAUGAAUGUAAUCACUGUGGGAAGACUUUCACCCAGAAGUCAGGCCUUAUAAUACAUCAGAGAACUCACACAGGGGAGAAACCCUAUGAAUGUAAUGAAUGUGGAAAAGCUUACACCUGCAUGUCACGCCUCAGAGGACAUCAGAGAAUUCACACAGGGGAGAAACUUUAUGAGUGUAUUGAAUGUGGUAAAACUUUCAUCUGGAAGUCAAUCCUGAGAAUGCACUGGAGGAGGCAUACACAGGAGAAGCCAUACGAAUGUAAUGAAUGUGGGAGAGCUUUCACGUACAAAUACCACUUUAGAAUACAUCAGAGAAUUCACACUGGGGAGAAACCCUAUAAAUGUAAUGAGUGUGGGAAAGCUUACACCCAGAAGUCAAGCCUUAUAAUACAUCAGAGAAAUCACACCGGGGAAAAACCCCAUGAAUGUAAUGAAUGUGGGAAAGCUUUCACCUGCAUGUCACGCCUCCGAGGACAUCAGAAAAUCCACACAACGAAGAAACCCUAUAAAUGUAUAGAAUGUGGGAAAACAUUCCUCUGGAAGUCAUUGCUGAGAACACAUCAGAGGAGGCAUACACAGGAGAAGCCCUAUGAAUGUAAUGAGUGUGGGAAAGGUUAUACCUGGAAGUCAAGCCUUGAACUACAUCAGAGAACUCACACAGGUGAGAAACCUCAUGAAUGUAAUGACUGUGGGAAGACUUUCACCCAGAAGUCAAGCCUUAUAAUACAUCAAAGAAGUCACAGGGGAAAAACCCUAUGAAUGUAACGAAUGUGGAAAAGCUUACACCUGCGUGUCACGCCUCAGAGGACAUCAGAAUUCACACAGGGGAGAAACUCAAUGAAUGUAUUGAAUGUGGUAAAAUUUUCGUCUGGAAGUCCGUCCUCAGAAUGCACUUAAGGAGGCAUACACAGGAGAAGCCAUAUGAAUGUAAUGAAUGUGGGAGAGCUUUCAUCUACAAACACUACUUGAGAAUGCAUCAGAGAACUCACACAGGGGAGAAACCCUAUGAAUGUGUUGAGUGUGAGAAGUUUUGUUCGGAAAUCGGUUCUCAUAGCACAUCAGAGAAUGCAUGCAAGGAAGAAAUGCUGAGUGUAAUUAACGUGAGAAAGCUUUCAUUUCCAAUCUAACUUUCUAACCUUAUGAGAAACCUCAUUCUCAGAAAUGAGUCUCAACUUAAUGAAAGCAUUAGAAAACUCCAAAAGGCGAGAAGUCUGAUAAAUGUGGUAAUGUGGGAAGAUUUUCAGUGGGUUGUCAGAUGUAAAAAGCUAAGAUGAAGAAAAAUAGCUUUACUUUCAGGGUCAGUGGCUGGGCCUAUGUAAAUUUAAAGACAUUAACAGGAAAAGAAAGUUUAUUUCAUAUACACAUGGAGGGAUCUCACAGAAAUCAAAUGAAAACCCAAAAGAGGUGGUCAGACCUGGAAGCUUAUAUACCACUUUAACAAAAGAGCAAUACAUUUGCAAAGAAGUGUCCAGACAAAGGAAACGGGUUUUGAGCUUUUAGUGAUGGUAAAUUGUGGGAAAGUAAAUAUAUGGGAAAUGAAUGGAAGACAAAGGUUAUUUCAGUAAGGUGUGUUUAUGCAGAUAUUGGUGCUAUCUCUUUUCUUUUGGGAGAUGGGAUGGGAACACCUUCAUAAAAGGAAAUUUAUGCCCUGCCGUUAGGUGGAUAGGGGGAGGGCAAGAAUUUUUUGCGUUUACAGUUUUUAAGUUGCUUUUGGUUCAAAAUAAUACAUAUGCCAAAGUGGCAUGUUUUGGGGGGUAUAUUCUGAUCCCCUUCAUCACAUGGGAGAAACCAUAUAAUUGUGAUGAAUGUAGGGAAGAUUUCCACCAGCAGUUGACCAUCAGGGUCAGAAAACUCAUGGAAUUGAUCAUAUGAAUGUAAUGAAUUUAGAAAUACUUUCAUCCAGACAAAAUAUUAUAUUACAUCAGAUAAUUUAAACAAUAUAAACAGCCCUGUAAAUGUCUUGGAAUGCUUUCAGCCAGAAAUCAUACUUUUGAGAACAUCAGAGAGAACUCAGAGGUUGAAAGUGUAAAGAUGAUGUAUGCAGGGAGAUUUUUCAGCCACAAGUCAGGGCUAAGAAAAGAUAGCAGAACUGAAAGGGGCUAAAACUCAUUAAGCUAAUGAACAUGGAUGCUCCUCAGGAAGUUCCUCACUAUUCAUAAGAGAACUGUCUUAAUCUGUUGAGGCAGCUGUCAGAAAAAUAUCCUAGACUGGGUGGCAUAAAUAGCAAGCAUUUAUUUCUGUUAGUUCUAGAAACUGGAAAGGCAAAGGUCAAGGUGCUUGUAGAUUUUGUUGUCUGGUGAGGAUCCACUUCUUGGUUCACAGAUGGCCAUCUUUUGUCCUCAUGAGGAGGAAGGGAGCACUUUGGGACCUCUUAUAAAGGACACAAAUGCCGUUCACGAGGACUUUGCUCUCAGUACUACCAUCUUUCAAGGGUCUCCACUUCAAAAUACCAGCACAUUGGGGAUUAGGUUUGAACAUAGGAAAUUUGGAAAAACACAUACAUUCAGUCUAGAGCAACAGCUUACACUGGAAGGAGACUUGAAAUGUACAUAUAGUUUUUCAACCACCAAGUAUAUAGACCUUGUUGGACAUUAGGAAAUUCUCUGGGGGAAAGAGCCACUGGAGGUAAUGAAUGUAGGAAAACACUGUUAAUUCAACUCUCAGUAAACUUCCAUUGUGGAGAAAUGCAGGAAGUAAUAAUGUGAAAGGUUUUUUUUUUGUCAAAAGAUUGAAUCUCACUAAGAGAAUGAAGAAAAUCUAGAAGGUAAUAAAUGUGUGAUAACUUCAGCCAAAAGCCACCUUUCUCUGGACAACAAAAUGCAUUGAGUGGUAGAGACCUAAUAGUAUGUUACCCAGAUGAAAAAUCUCAUGAAGGUAAUGGAUUUGGGAAAUCAAUCUACAAUAAAUUCUAUGUAGUAGAAUGUGGAUGCUGGUGUUAAAAUAAAUCCUGUCAUAGACUCUGGGUCUGGAGUUCUCUCUUGUCCAGCAAGAGAGUGGACACAGGAUUAAAAUGUGAGAGAGGCUAAUGUCCGGGAGGAGACAACCCCAAGUAAGGGCCUUUUGCUCUAUUUUUAUGGGGGUCAGAAGGCUUAUAAGUGUGCACAGAGAAACAAUGAAACCAUGGAUUAACUCAAGGACACGAGGGAAAAGAGGGUAUUGAAGAUAUGCAGUGUUAGGGGUUUGGGUCAACACAAAACAAAGUCCUGGUGCCGGACAGAUAGUUGUUCACAGCAGGCAUGAGGCGCCACAUCUGUUUAUCUUAGCCUAGCUUAGGGGAUAAGACAGAUAAAGUAUGCUACCUCAGGGUCAAUAAGGCACCUUUUUUUUUUUUUUUGCUAAUUAGCUCCUCUCUGGGCACCUUCGCCCUGCUAUGGUCUAUAGCCCUGUUUACCUAUUUUGGUCCUUUCUUCCUGUGAAAACCGCUUUCUGCUAUUGUACUAAGUUGGGGGUGCUUCUGCCCUGAAUACUUAAGCUUGUUUACCUAAGAUUACCUAAACAUUGUGGAUGUUUUCAUUCUGAGAUUUACUGUUUCCAUACCUUUCUAUGUCCUAUCUUGGGGGCCUUUGCCCUGUUGACCUAAUCUUGUUUACCUUAUCUUGGAUGUGUUCAUCCUGUGGCUAUUUCUUUAUGCCUUGUUAACCCAUUGGUGCAAGCUCAGGGAAUUCCUAAGCUUAUUCCCCACAAAAUCCCAUGAAAGACAUC